AACGGAGACUUGCCGGGCAACCCGUACCUCAGGGACGAGGCGGAGAACGUGAUGGAGAGCCCGGUGAGGGAGCCUGUUGUGCUGCAGUAUCCUGCCGAAUACAAUCACAGCCACCAGUAUGGGGAGAAGAUGCCGUUCCACCAUGUGACGGCAGGCCUGCUCUACAAGGGGAACUACCUGAGUCGCUCGCUGUCGGACAGUGACAGCGAUGUGCUGGCCAGCAUCUCUGUGGAGGAGCUCCAUGAAAUCCGGGAGGCUUUUAAGGUGCUGGAUCGAGACGGAAACGGGUUCAUUUCCAAACAGGAGCUGGGUAUGGCCAUGCGCUCUCUGGGGUACAUGCCCAGUGAAGUGGAGCUUGCCAUCAUCAUGCAGAGACUAGACAUGGAUGGUGAUGGACAGGUUGAUUUCGAGGAGUUCAUGACCAUCCUUGGACCCAAACUCCUGUCGUCUGAAACGAGAGAGAGCUUCCUGGGGAGCACAAUAGAUACGAUCUUCUGGCAGUUUGACAUGCAGAGGAUCACCCUGGAGGAGCUAAAACACAUCCUGUUCUACGCCUUCCGCGACCACCUGACCAUGAAGGACAUUGAGAACAUCAUCAUCAAUGAGGAAGAGAGUCUGAAGGAAAACUCUGGGAACUGUCAGACAGAGUUUGAGGGAGUUCACCCUUCAAAGAAAAACCGCCAGACGUGUGUGAGGAAGAGCCUCAUCUGCGCCUUUGCCAUGGCAUUCAUCAUCAGCGUCAUGCUCAUUGCGGCCAAUCAGAUGCUGAGGAACGGCAUGGAGUAG